AUGGAAUCAACGCGCAUUGAGUGCAAGCAGUCCUCACUAUAUGUAGAUCCUGUGACAACAGAGAAGAUAAGCGUGCAAUUGGGUUCUAGCGAUGUGUGGAGAAGGUUUAAUGACAUCGGCACUGAGAUGAUUGUGUCAAAGAUGGGACGGCGGAUGUUUCCUUCAUUAUGCUUUCAGUUCAGCGGUUUAACACCUAAUGACUCGUACUAUGUAUUUAGUGACGUCAUUCACACUGACAAGUAUCGCUACAAAUUUUCGUACCAAUCCUCACAGUGGACUCCGCAGUGUACUCCAUUGCCCACAGGUGGCGACACUGCCCUCUGUCGACCGUAUCGUGCAUAUGUACACCCGGACACCCCAGCUUGUGGCCGUUCACUUAUGUCAAAGGCUUUGUCGUUCAAUAAAUUGAAACUUACGAAUAAUGAACAAGAUGACAAUGGAGGGAUAGUUGUGAAUACAUUAUACAAGUACCAACCCAGAAUCCAUAUUAUUCGAGAGUCUGAUUUUGAACUAAUCAAGAAAAAGUUCCCGGAAAAUCUUGGACCUGAGUAUAGAAAUCUUGUUAAGACAUUUGUAUUUCCGGAAACACAGUUCUAUGCAGUGACUUCUUACCAUAAUCAUCGGAUUACUCGGCUGAAAAUUAGUAUGAAUCCUCAUGCCAAAUCCUUGCGUGGAAGUGUGAGAUUACCAGAGACUUAUGUGUCCAAGGAACACAACUAUACAAUGCAACCUGACAAAGGAUUGAAAGUAGAACACAAUUUGACCUCUUUGAUGUUAACUACCAGUAGUAAUCAGCUUACCCAUCCUUCUAGCACCUACCAACCAGUGGUAACCAAUCAACAACAAACAAGUCUGAACCAUGAAGACCAGGCAAUACUAAGAUUGAAUCAAAAUAGUUUGAAGUCAUGUGAUCAGAUUACCACAACAGCAGAGACUGCCAUUGGAGGUAACCAGGUUGACUGUUUCCAUGGAGAUGAGUAUGUUACCAGAUGCGUUAAGUCUGGAAAUACCAAGGCUGAACAGUUUAAUACCAGCAUAUCUGAUGCUAACAAUACAUUCAUACCACCAGGAAGAAUUGAAAGAAGGAAAAGUGUUGAUUGUGUGAAUACUGUACAAAACAUGGCACUUUCUAGUAUAUGUAUCAGUGACAUUAUGAACAGUCUCAAAACACAGUGUACAAAUGCUGGAAAUCCAAAACUACAAACAAGUUCAAAACCUUUGUAUUUGGAUACCAACAAUAACAACGUGGGCAGGAAUAGUCCAGAGCCUGAUUUGGGCAGAGAAACCAUUCUGAAACCAUUGGAUGAAGUUAAGUAUAGUGGAGCCGGAUUAAUAUUUGGUGAAAUUGAGAAGGAUACUGCAUUGAUCAGUCAAGACAUGGAAGAAAUUACUCGUUCACCAAUGUUACCUAGUGGAAAUAGCAUACAAAACAAUCAUCAAACUGUAAAUGAAGCUGCCAGCAAUGAUAUGUUUUCUGAUCAGUUUAGUACAAAAACCAACUGUUCCAAUGAACUGAAAGAGCAAUGCAUAAAUAAUGAGUUAAUACAUGUGGAUGCACCUGGAUGUAAAAGGAAAAUUAUGAGUAAUGUUGCGGACGAGAACAUUGGAAAAAAAGCAAGUGGUUGCCAAGUUACCAGUAGUGGUAAUGAUGAUAUAAAGAUAGAAAGGAGCAAUUUUAGUAUUGACAUAUUGUUGAAACCAGAUAGCUGUAAAUCAAGUGUUGAUAAACCUCCUGGGCUUUCAAAUACCUCUGGAGGUGGUUACAGUAAAACUAUUGGAUGUCAUGGUAAAAAUGAUCAGGAGAUGAGCAGUUCCACUGGGGAAGUCAGAGAUGAAAUGAAGCUUGAAAGCAAGUCACUACCAUGUCAGUACAGAGGAAGUAUUGGUCCAUAUGAUAAUAUUAACAUGCUGGCCAAUAUGGCUGUCAAAGUAGGAGGGGAGAUAAAUGAAAGUGUGGAUGUCACACAAAAUGCUGUUUGUAAUGAACCACAGGCACAGAGUGGUGUUUGUUGUAAUGAUACAAAACUGGACAAUCAUGUGAUAACAAUCAUUGGUGAAGGAUAUCUGAUGGAUAAUAAUGUGGUUGGUGGAGAAAGAGGAAAAACUCUCAUUCAGUUGUUAAAUGAAACAGUUAAGAAAAUUGGAUCAUCAGAUCUUGAAUAUCAAAACUGUAUAGAAAAGAAGUCUAUUAGUGAUGGAGAUCUGCAAAUAGCUGGCACUGAUUUGAGAUCUAACCACAGUGGCCAAGAAUCUAGUUCACUGCCAUCUAUAGCUAGUACUGAUUUCAGAUCUAAUCACAGUGGCCAAGAAUCUAUCUUGCUUCCGUCUGUAGAUAGUGAUUCCAAUUCACUUGCACACUGGGAUACCGUUGAAACUGGCAUAAUUAUCACAGCGCCCCCUAGAGGUGGAACCUUGCCAGACAGCUAUACACGGCCAACUUAUCCGGAGAAAACUACUGAUGACCAAACAUGGAAUAGCAUUAUGAAGUAUUCCAGUGUUGCGGCAACUCAUAGCUAUAUUGACAAACAACCAUUCUGUGAAUCGCAUUUAAAUGAUUUAACUGCACAUAAAGAGGGAAUGACAACACAAAGGAAAAAGGCACUUGUCAGGAAGUCACCUGAUAUGGUGUCCAUGACGGUAUCCAAUGAACAAGAUAAUCCAUGUCCUAGUAAGAGUAAGCGCCCACGGACUUGCUUUUUUGGUAACUAUGACAAUGGGAAUUACUAUAGCGAUGAUGAGCAAGACCAGGAAGCAGACUAUUGGAUGUGUACACCACAGGCAGACGUGCAGCCAGAUGUUCAAUCAGAUGAAAGAUGCUUAGAUCCCACCGUUCCUACUUUCUCCAGCACAACACAUCUGCAUUCUGCUCUUCUAGGAAAUUCAACUAAAAGUGGUAAACCCAAGUUACCUAGCAUGAUACCAUACCAACCCCAAACAGAAGUCUACAACUCAGCUAUGACAUAUGGUAUCCAUGGGAACAAUCACCUGGCAUCAUGUAACCUCAGAGUUAGUACUCCUGACAGUCGUCAUGGUAACAUACACGUUUCUAGACCAAUAAGAUAUUCAACUCAGUCUCACGCCAUACAUGGUUACUAUAACUACGCUCUACCUACACAGGGUUUCCAUAGCAACAUGCCCUCUACUCUGCUGACUAAAACAUCAACUUAUUCAAGUCCAGAGAAAUCAGCUAAAUGCAUAUUGACAAAUACUGUCAUAAGCCAGACAUUGAAUGGACAUGGCAAGUACCAGGCUACAUACAAUACAUCACGGACAGUGCUCACUGGCAUACAGGCACCUGUGCAUUUUCAGCCAAAUAACCAUUCGUGGCAGCAUCCCAUCACAAGAUGUGCUUCUACUUUGUAUCCACUACCCUCACCUAUCUCAGCUACCUACUCCGCCACUGACAUUACCAAAUCAGGAAAUGUAACGUCCAACAAGUUAACGACCGUAGACAAACUAUUUCUUGAUGGUGUUAACUUGUCAGUGUGCUAG